AUGUCAUAUCUAAACAAUCCUGCCGUUGUCAUGGACAAUGGUACUGGUUUGACCAAGCUUGGGUUUGCAGGUAAUGAUUCGCCAUCAUGGAUUUUCCCUACUGCUAUUGCCAACGCAGCAUCAUCAAAUGCUAAGAAUACUGCAUCUUCAUCCUCUACCGGUGGUGCUGGUCUAGCUGCCAGUAGUACUGGUGGUAGUUCAGCCGCUAGUAAUCCAUAUUUUACCAAUGCAACAUCUACAACAAACUUUGGUAAUUUGACCACUGCAUCUUUGAUGUCGAACAAUCUUUCAGGUAAAAGAGGUACUGAAGAUUUAGAUUUUUACAUUGGUAAUGAGGCAUUGACGGCAUCUCAGGGUGCUAAUUAUUCUCUAAAUUAUCCAAUUAGACAUGGUCAAGUGGAAAAUUGGGAUCAUAUGGAAAGGUUUUGGGAAAAUUCGAUUUUCAAAUAUUUAAGAACUGAACCAGAGGAUCAUUUUUUCCUUUUGACUGAACCACCUUUAAAUCCUCCUGAAAAUAGGGAACAAGUAGCUGAAAUUUUCUUCGAAUCUUUCAACUGUGCUGGUCUUUACAUUGCAGUUCAAGCUGUUUUAGCAUUAGCAGCAUCUUGGACUUCAUCUAAAGUAGUUGACAGAUCCUUAACUGGUACUGUUAUCGAUUCUGGUGAUGGUGUUACACAUGUUAUCCCAGUGGCUGAAGGUUAUGUCAUUGGCUCUGCAUUGAAAAAUAUCCCCAUUGCAGGUAGAGAUAUUACUCAAUUUAUUCAAUCGUUAUUAAGGGAAAGAGGUGAAGUUGAUACUUCAUUAAGGACGGCUGAACGUAUUAAGCAAGAAUACUGUUACGUCUGUCCUGAUAUCGUUAAAGAAUUUAACAAAUUCGAUAGGGAUGCAGAGAAAUUUGCUCAAUAUGUGGUAGAAAAUCAAGAUAAGACAAGACAAAAAGUUGUAGACAUUGGUUAUGAAAGAUUCUUAGCACCAGAAAUUUUCUUCAACCCAGAAAUUGCCUCUUCUGAUUUUUUGACACCAUUGCCAACAGUUUUAGAUCAAACCAUUCAAGCUUGCCCCAUAGAUGUUCGUAAGGGUCUUUACAACAACAUUGUUCUAUCCGGUGGUUCAACAAUGUUUAAAGAUUUUGGUCGUCGUUUACAAAGAGACUUGAAAUCAAUUGUUAACAAUAGAAUUGCUGAAACUGAAAGGCUAAGUGGUGCAAGAUCAACAGGUGUUGACGUUCAAGUUAUCUCACACAGAAAGCAAAGAAAUGCAGUUUGGUUCGGUGGUUCACUUUUGGCACAAACUCCUGAAUUCAAAGGUUACUGCCAUACUAAGAAAGAUUACGAAGAAUACGGUCCUGAAAUCGUUAGAAACUUUAGUCUUUUCAACAUGGUGUGA